UUACAACAAAUUAGUAAUUACAAUUUGAGUACAUCUUAUUGUGUUAGUUAAUAGCUAUUACCAAUUAAUAUUGUUAUUUGUUGUAUAAUGGGUUCGUUUUGUUCAAAGACUAGCAGUCAAAUUACACGUGCUAUAGAAAAAACUUCAAGUACACCACAAAUACGACAACCACAAGUGAAAUCUAAACUUGAUCCAAACUCCACAUUACCUGCACCAACCAAUAAACAACCUUCGUCUUUAUCCAAUCAGCCAAAAAAAAAAGGAGUUGUAGGAAAAAUUGCUAAGCAAGCAACAGCAGUUGCAAUAGGAACUGCAGUAGGUAAUAAAUUAUCAAAUAUGUUUGAUGAUAAAAAAGAUGUUGAAACAACAGUUGAAUCACCUACCGAGACAGAUAAUUCAAAAUAUAAUAUAGAUAAUCAAAUGAAAAAUGAAGAAUUAACUGAAGAUGACAGUGGUGAACAAGGAGAUCAAGGAGAUCAAGGAGAUGAAGAAGAUGAAGAAAAUGAUGAUGAUUCAAAUUAAUACUAAUAAUAAGCAUUAAAUAAUUUAAACAAUAGGUUGUUGAAUUAAUGUAGAAUAUAACACAAUGAAAAGGCCACAACAUUUUUUAUAAAUCAUCCGGAAAAACAAAAUAAAAAUAAAU